GUCACCGCAAAUCCGAUAAACGCUUUUAUAAAUCGUCAAACAAUAUUUAUUUAGCACCUGUAAACGGCGAAACAGUGCGAAGUCUGGAAGUUUCCGGCGUUUUCGACGCGCAGAAUCGCCUAGAAUAUUCUGGUCUGCCCACUCGGUAAGGCGCGCGUUAUAAAACUGUACGCCCUGGUUCGCGCCGUAGUCAUUUCAAAACCCAGAGCUGACUUGUGAUGAGCUGAGUGAAUUUGUUUACCUUAGAGUGACUCAUUCAACGACAGUGAAUAUUAUCUUUUUUUCGAAUAGUGAUAUUGAACUUGAGCAGUAUUUGUUUUCUGUGAUAAUUAUAAAAAGGAUUAGGAAGUUAAAGUAUGACUUCGCCGGCAGUUGAAGUUGUCAGGGAUUUACCCAAUGUCGAACAAAAUACUUAUAGGCCACAAGUCGAUGAAAGCGGCUUUCCAUUCGACGACAGCGACUUCGACAGGCCGAGGGCGCGCAGCGGCUCGUCUGGUAACCGGUUUCGCUCCCAGCUGGACGACAUCGCAAAGCGCUACCCGGACAUAGCCGAGCACUUUCCCGAUUUCGCGUUCCCUUCGCGCAGCACCCGCGAGAACCCCGAGUUCCGUCGUUUCGCGCAGCAAGAGUUCCCGCACGGCUUCGACGACUUUGAUUUCCCGUUUAACCGCGAUCAUCCGCAGUUCAGGGACUACUAUAGACAGCAACCGCCACCGGAGUUCUACCACCAACCUGGUCCGGCCGACCAGCAACAGCAGUAUUACCAGGAGAACCCGCACCAGCAAUACUAUCAAGAGCCGGCGCAAGAGUACUACCAACCGCCGCCGCCGCAACCCGAGUAUUAUCCACAAGAAGGCGAGGCCGGUUCCAGUCAACAGCCGCAGGCCGAGCAGAGCAACGACAAGAAGAACAACUUGCAGCAAAGCAACACGGUAGAUUUGGGCCAACAACAGGAACCAGUGAAUGAUCGGGGUAAGAGAUCGAUGUCGGCCCCACCAGAUAAUCGCCCGAGAUACACGUCUCACAUUAACAUACCCGUCAAUGCGGCCGGGGAAACUGCCGCUCCCGUCGGGUCGCAACCCCAGCCACAACAGCAGCAGCAACAGCAGCAACAACAACAACAACAGCAAGGUGGCAAACCGGUGGAGAGAGUCAUCCCGAUUCACAUCGAAGGCAGGGAUGACCCGGUGAUUCCAAGAAAUACGACAAGUUCACCGGCCGGUGGUUUCCGUCCUCAAGAGCCGGAAAUGAUAUUCGGCAGACGUCCAGAAUUCUAUAGACAGUUCGUGCAUCAAGACCCGAGGGAAGAAUGGCAACCACAGGAGACUUUCAGGCGACAACACGCCCCACAAUUUCAAGCAACACCGAGACAACAACAACGUCCGAUGCAGCAACCGCAGCAACAAUCGCAUCCACAACCGCAUCCACAGCAACAACAAAAAGCACCUCCACAACAGCCGCAACAAAAGCAGCCUACUCCUCCACCCGCACAGCCGGCUAAACCGCCAACAGCUUUAGAACAGAUCGAUGCUAUUAAAAGGGAUGUUGGAGCUCUCAUGCAACAGGUGGAAAUCUUUUCUGGUCAGCCCAAAGAUAAACAAUAUCUGUAUCUGGAUGAAAUGCUGACCAGGAACUUAUUGAAAUUAGACAACAUAGACAGUCAAGGUCAAGAUGCCAUUAAAACUGCUCGCAGAGAUGCAGUAAAAUACAUCGAAAAGUGCAUAGGACAAUUGGAGAGCAAAGCGUCUUCCAAUGUUGCACCUCCAACUGAUAAAAUGGAAGUAGAAUCUAAACCGGAGGAACCUGCGCCGGCCGAAGAGGCAAAACCGGAGGAACCGAAGGAGGAAGUUAAAGAACAACAAGUGAUGGAAACCGAACAGAAAGAGGUCGAAAAACCGGCGACGGAAGCAAUGGAAGUGGAGCAAAAGCGUGAACAAACACCAAAGCCGGAAGAAGAGGUGAAGAAAGAGGAGGAGAAGAAAGAGGAGGUGGUGGAAGAAAGAUUAGCGGAGACACAACCGGAGGAAGAUAAAAAGGAAACCACAGAAGCGGUGGCGGUGACUGAACCUGCGCAACCGGAAGAGAAAAAGGAUGAUGCUCCGGCGGAGGUGGCUGCGCCUCCACAGACGGAAGAGAAGAAAGAGAAGAAGAAGAUAAAGAAGAAGGUCGAGAAAAAGUAACAUAGGUUUUGUGGUUGUUGCAGUUAGAUUACAAAUGUGAUAUAAUUGCAUACGCAUUGGAUCUUCCGAGUUAGGUGUUGCCUUUUGUUAUACAUAAUUAAUCUUGCUUUUACAAUGGUGUAUGAUUAUAGUACAAUUUGUCGCCUGGUUUUAUUUUUUUAUUUCGACUUGAUUCAGCGGUGGCAACUUGUAUUGUUGUUUUCGGAGAGACUGAGAUUUUAAGUUUUCACUCACAGAAUAAAUUUUAAUUUUUUUUAUUAACGCAUGUAUAUCUGUAAAUAGACGAAUGUUACUCAUUUUAUUUUCGCAUUGAGUGUACACUGUCUGUGAUUUGUUUUUGUUUUUUUUUUUGAGUUUUUUACCGUCCGUUUAUUGAGUUUAUUUAUUAUAUAUAGUACAAUUAAUAUUUAAUUGUGCCAUUUGCAUGUUAGUUUUUUUGUACAAAUAAAUCGUUUGUAAAACAUGUAUUUUGUUUUAUUUGUAAAUGCAAGAUUGUUAUUUAUCUCUUAGUCAAAUAAUACAUUCAAUAUUUUUUCAUUAACUUUAAAGAAUGUAGUUUUCUAGCAAUAAUUUGUAUAUAUAUAUUUAUUAUAUCAGGUAAAUGUUUACCACCAUUUGCUUAACUGCGUGAUAUAAUGCAUCACAAUUAUGUAUGUUAUUGUUAUUUUACUUAAAAUAAAUAUUUUAAAAUUA